GGUGAAUUGUUGUUGUUAUUGCCGAUGAUAUGAAACAAUGAUAAAGAUGAUAAUAUCUGAAAUUCAAAAAAAUGGCUAAAGAUAUGAUAACAGUUAAUCUUUUCAUUGAUAUGUUGAUGAUAAGCAAAAAAGCUCAUAAUAAUAAUUCAGUAACUCAUACAUCUUCCAAAGAAAAACGUCGAUCAUCAAUAGGCAAAAAAAAUCCUAAAUCCUAAAUGUUCUUUAUGGUUCAAAAAUAGAACAAAAGCCUACAAGUUUUCAUAGGAACUCUUUUUUCUUUUUUUGUUUGUUUUCAGAUGUUGUUGUUUGAUGAUAAAAUCCACAAUAUUUACAAAUAAUUUUUAAAAAAUUUCCAUCUUAUUUAUAACACAUAUGAUCGAUGUGUUAUUGUUUGUAUGUGUGUACAACAAAUUGAUCAAAAUAAUUAAUCGGGAAAAAUGUCCACCACCACCACCAACAACAACAACAAUAAUAAUACGACGACAAUGACGACUUUUUCAACGACAAAUUCAACAUCUAAAGGCCCACGAAAACCGAUAACAUUCUAUACUUCACGAACGGCACCAGCGUGUCGUGCUGUGAAAAUGGUGGCAACACAUUUGAAUGUUCCAGUCAAUGAAAUUGCCUUGCGUUGUUAUAUCGAUACACGUACGGAAAAAUUUCGAAAGAUAAAUCCAUGCCAUACAUUACCCGUAAUCGAUGAUGAUGGUUAUAUCCUGUGGGAAUCACGUGCCAUUAUGCAAUAUCUUUGUAAUGAAUAUGCACCAGAUUCAAAUCUAUAUCCACGUGAUGCAGCUAAACGUGCAACCGUAGAUCGAUUAUUAAAUUUUGAUCUUAAAACACUUAGCCAUGCUGUUAUGGCUGUACAUUAUGAAUUUAUGUUUCCCAGUGAAUAUAGUUCAUCGCGUGGAGAGAAAUUGAUUGCCGUAACGAAUGCGCUAACAUUAUUGGAAAUAUUCUUGAUCAAUAAAAAUUAUGUUGCCUGUGAACAUUUGACAAUCGCUGAUAUAUCGAUAUUGGCUAAUGUUACAUUAUUGGAAAUAUCUGUUGAAUUUGAUUUGAGUAGCUAUCCAAAUAUAUGGCUAUGGAUACAAAGAUUACGAAAUGAACUACCGUAUUAUGAAUGGCUCACCAAAAUGGCACAUGAUGAAUUACGUUCACUAAUACAAUCGGUACGUGAUGCAAAUGAUGAAUGGUCGUCGCCAUUACCACGUUGUGCAUUUACACCAUCAUUGAAUAAUAAUGGCAAUGCUAAUGCUAAUGCUAAUGAUGAUUCGACAUUAGCAAGUUGUUCGACCGAUUGUAUUGUACAACAACGAAGACAAUAUAAAAGAUUAUUUUCAAAUGAUGUACAAACGGAUGUAGCAAGAAUAAUGGCCGCUGUUAUACCGACAUUUAUUAAGAAUAAGACGACAACAAAAUCGAUUAAUAAUGAUGAUCCUGAUAAAAAUCAUGAAUCAAAUGCAAUCACGAAUAUCAAGACCACCGAAUCGAUACCGAAUACAUCCACUACUACAGUGAAAUCAUUGUCACCAGUUGCUGUAAAUAAUUCGCCAUCAUGUAUGCAAUUCUUUUGUGAUGAUCGUUCAUGUCUGAUAUCAUCAUUGAAUAAUAAUGGUUCGACAUCGAAUACACAAAUUCAAUCAAAUAAACAUACACAACCACAACAAUAUACCGGUAGUAGUAAUUAUGGUCAUGAUCGAAUGUUGAACAUUUCCAAUGUUAAAUCAUCAUCAUCACCAACAUUGAAUAAUCAUAAUUAUCAUCAUUAUGAUUAUGAUAGCAAUGUCUAUACAACAAAACGAAUACGUUUAACAAUUGAACCAAAUACUGGUCAUAUUGAACAUUUGGAUUCAUCACAACCAUCAUCAUCAUCGUCGUCGUCGAUUCAAUGACAGAAAAUUAUUCUUUUUUAUUAAUAAUCAUCAGAUC